AUGGCGGUCGGCUUGAAAGGUCUUCUCUCACUGAUCCUUCUUGUAAUCAUUUUAGCUUCGUCUUGGUUUAUUGUUGUUUUGCUAGAUUAUUACACCGGACAUGGCAAGUCACUCAAGCCUCACUCGAGGGAAAAUGCGGCUCCAUUUCCGAGCGACAAAAUGGAAAAUAUAUUUUGGUUCGUGCAGGUGAGAACGAAAUGCACACGCAUCAUGUGAUUCUUUCCGGGCCGGUGUUUUUCUCAAAAAAAGGUUUUCAUUUAAUAUCUGCUCUCUUCUUUUGUUGAUGUAUUUUCUCUUUAUUCCGAGUAUAUAGGGUUGUUGUUUAGUCCGAAUUUGUAGGGUUGUUGAGGCGGGGAACUUUUUUUCAAAUCCAUAUGUUCUUACAGUUGGAUUAAUUAACUUAUUUAGGAAAUUCUCCAUACUACCCUAUUUAGUCGUCUUGUUGGCAAUCUACAAGUUUCUUCAUUCCAAGAACAUUUAAGGUAUUAAUUAGUGGCAUUAAAGGCUCAUCAGGGUAACUUCUGUGUGGCAAAUACAAAAUUUUGCAUUCAGAACCUUUAUACAUACCGUAUUAUGAAGACCACACAAGGAGAAUUUUUAAGUUAAGUGAAUUUACUGAAUUAAAUUGAUUAUUGUAUUACUUUUGUAUGGUAUAACCUUUGAAGUUCAUUACAAUAAAAUUAUUACUUUAUAAUAGUAAUUACUAGUUGCAUAUUCUUAAAAUCCAUGAGAAAUGGCAUGUUUCUCAAUAAGAUCAUUAUGUUAUUGUUCUAAGCUUAUUAUUUUAAUUCACAAGGUAUCAGAUAUUCACAUCAGUAAAUACCGUGAACCUCAAAGAGGUAAAGAUCUCAAGCAGUUUUGUAAUGAAAAUAUAGAUGUUAUCAAGCCCAUUACAGUCUUAGCUACAGGUAAGGAAAUAUCACCAUGUAGUUUAUAUUUUGUGAACAUUUAACAAGGCUGUGCUCUAAGGAAAAUUUCAGGGAGCCCUUCGCGCUCCCAAGCAUUUUAACUAAAGCACCCAGACCUCAAAGUUGGUCGCCUGAAUAAAAACUUCAAGGUGCCCUUCGGGCUCCCAACCAUUCCAGCUGGGGUGCCCAGGCCUCCAAGUUGGUCGCCCGAGUACAUCUGAUGAAGAAGUAUUUUGUACGCACACAAAUCUUACUGGCCUGCUUAUCACCAAACUUGGUAAUUUUAGCUUUUGGGUGCGACAAAAACCCGCAUGUUGUCUUAUGAAACCCAUCAAAGUUUUCGUGCCAUUCAGAUUUAAAACCAAAAACGUUAGCAAUGCCGCCAAAUUGUUCAGGCUUUAAAGAGGGAAAAGCAACAAGUUCAGCAGGUUUGCGUAAACUUCAUUAAGAUGUUUAGGGUCAAACAUAGGAAAACUGUGCUUUUUUACCAGUAAUAUUAAACUUAAAAAUAAAUAUUCGAAAGGUGAAUCAAUGCGGCAUGAAAUAUAAAGUGACGGAGUUUACGCGGCAGAUCGAACUCAAGUUCCCGUCAAAAAUUCCGCGAAACAGUGAAACCGCCGCGGCCCCAAACCUAUUGUUUUAAUAAACAAAAAAAGUCAUCUUUAAUUUUCUUUUCUAUAUUAUCAGUGAAUCUUUUAGGAUAAUUGAGCUUUUCGUGGAUACAGCUGAAGCGUAAACCAGCUCUUCUUUACGUGUUUUUAUUUUUGGCCGCUAAAUUUAGCCUAUAAUUAUAUGCAUGCACCUGAAUGUAGUUUUCAAUACGUAAAAUGCCAAGACAACAUGGAACUGCCCUGUUUCUAAAACAAUGUAAAGGGAAGAAAACAAUCAUAAGUUAUGUUUUAGCCAAGGAGAUACAACAGCCAAAAACCGUAAAAAUAUUAAAUUUGCAUACUGGUCAAUACAGCAACUUCCGUUUUAUGCAAAAAUAAAUUACUCCUCGUCGCCAGCUGUGCUCUACCCCUGUCAGAAAAGUAUUAACAGUUUUUCCUAAAAACUGUAACUAAUAAACCAUUCUAUUUGAAAGAAAAAAUUUUAGAACUAUUUUAAGAAGUGGUACAAAUUGAUCCGUGCCGCUUGUCACGUUCAAAGUGAUGUAUUAUGUUACAUGUGAAAUCAUGCAGAACGACCUUUGAGCAUCGGCGUGCGCCCGUUUCUUUUGUUCAAUAUUCCUAAAAACAUUUUCUGUAGGGUUAAGUAAACUCUGACUCAACAAGCCAACACUGUUAUGUUUAAUUUUUCUGCCCACUUAACUGAACAUUGCACUAGAAGCAAGAGUGCCCAGCUGGGCGACUGGGAACUUUUUUUCAGUUGCCCGAAGCUAAAUGUUAGUUGCCUCAGGCGACCGGGCGCCGUUAGAGCACUGCCUUGUUUAAUAUGAUUGAAUAAAAUACACUUUCUGUUGUUGGCCAGUUAUAGUUGUAACUCUCGUGUUUGGAGUUCAACCAAAAUACUGCCAGACUACUCACCAUUGCAAUAAUGGAUGUGGGUGUGUUCGUCUCAAACAGCCAUAUUAUGAUAUAAUUAUCUCCAAGUCCACCCAUCCCCUGGAGUACCAGUAACCCUGAGCUAGUGAGAGCUUAAUUGGACAUAUAGAUUUAGUCAGAGCUGAAAGCGAAGCUCCGGAAUGCAUUUUGAAUAGACUUCAGACAAUGGACUUUAAACCAUUGCAAAGAAAUCUAUACAGUUUAUAGCUUUAGAAGAGAUCCAUAUGACUGAAAAACAUAACCUUGAGCCUGAGAUCAAUUAAAAGCUAAUGACUGGUCAGCAGAACACUGUAAAAAAACACAUGACCUCGAUGAGUUGACACCUGGGACAGCAAUGUGGUCAUGUGACAGUGGUCAGUUGAUACCCUGUUUUGAGAGCUGUCAAUUGACCAUAAUAUGGAUAUCUAUUAUCAAGUUAAGCAUAGGUUACAGGCUCCCAGACUAGCUAGAAAGUUUGACAUUUCACAUUGGUUGCCCUGUGGUACAGACAGACAGACAGAUAUAUAGAUAGACGUACAGUCAUGUGAUUACCAAAAUUUCUUGUAUGGAUAGAUUACCAAAUUUUCUUAGGUAUGGGGAUCUGCUGGCGUGUGCAUGGAGUUCUGCUAUGAUACAAAUUAUUGUUUUAUGCUUUUUUAUUUAUUAAAGCUGUCAUUUAAGAUGCCCAGCCUUGUCUCCUUUCCCUUUCAAUUGCGUCUCAUAUUAUAGAAGUCAUGAAAAUCACAUGUUUUAACCUUUUUUUGUCUUUUAAAAGGUGAUUUGACAGAUGCAAAGGAUGAAUCUAAACGUGGUUCUGAGCAGUAUAUAGAAGAAUGGCAAGAAUAUAACAGUAUCUUGAAAGAGACAAAAGUCCAGGAGAAAACGAAAUGGUUAGACCUAAGAGGAAACCAUGGUUAGUAAAACUUAUACUAAUAACAGAGUUUAAACUUGGUGGCCACACAGCUACUGGGUAAACAUUGAGCUUUUUUAAUUUGAUCAUUGAUUGACCAGUAGCCAUAAACUCAUUACUCUGUAGAAGUCUUGUGUGUCUGACUGAAACUGUAAUAUGGUUACAUGUCUACUGAGCUGCCUAAAUUAGAAAAUUUCUAAGAGUGAUGCGGUUGUAAAAUGAACAUUAGACAAAUAUGCAGUAUUCCACUCUAAUUACAUAGUUUUCUUAUGUUUACCUGUAACUAUUUGGCACUAAUAAUUGUUGUCACCUGCUGUCUUCAUAGGUUUAGUAAGAUCACUCAUCUGGAUUCAGAUGUAUGACAUGAUUGGGAUGUGUCAUUACAUGUGUCUACAUUUUGUGAUUGUGCCAUGUAUUAUGUUUGCUAAUUUUUUUUACGUAUUGUUUAUUGUCUUUAUAUUUACUAUCAGAUGCGUUCAGUGUUCCUUCAAUCACAAGUGCUGAAAAUAUGUUCAAGUGAGUACGAAGAGUCAGCAUUUAUAAUUUCCCAAACUGAUGCCUAAAAUUCUGCUUACCUUAUUAAAAUGUCCAAUAAUCAAUAACAAAUAAAAAUAGAAAGUAAUAAUAAUGAUGAUGAUAAUAAUGGUGAUGAUGAUGAUGAAGACAAUGAGGAUAAUAAUGAUGAUUAUGAUGAUGAUGUUGAUGAUAAUGACGACGACGACGAUGAUGGUGAUGAUGAUGAUGAUGAUGAUGAUGAUGAUGAUGAUGAUAUGAAAAGCUGUGUAGUUCAGGGAUCUGUUACAAGAAGAAAUAUGGUAUAUGGAAAAUCAUAUACAAAAAAAUCGAUCAAAUGCAUUUUAGUAAGACGGGGCAUAGAAUGCAAUUAAGAAUAAUAAUAUUUAUUGAGGGAGAAAUUCUUUCCUUUUUUAGGGACUAUUCUUCCAGUGGUCCAAAGGGCCAUGCAGGUUCAAAGCCAUAUCAGUUUGUUUACCGAACUGAGUAUGGUUCCUAUGCAUUCAAUGGAAUAGACCUCAAUCCAGAUCCGGGACCCAAAAGACCAUUUAAUUUCUUUGGCCAUGUCGAUCCGGUAGGUAUACCUAAUGUGUGUGUGUUGUGUGUGUGUGAGUACAUGACAUCGGGAGUUCAGGCUUCAGGAGUAAUCAUCGUUUGUUGCGACAGUGCUGUUUCAUAUGGUCCGAAAUUAUAGAACCACACUCAUCAGGCGUCUUCAACGAUUGACCGUUAAAAUUAAAAGCUGGCUGUAAAAUUUGGAUUGUUGCUAUAGGGAUGCAUUAUAUUCUGAAGAUUGUAUCUACUAGGUAACAGAUGCAUUAUGUCUUACUUGCGUUACUUUAAAGUUGUGGUCCUAUAUAUAACUUCCGACCAUACGAAACAGCACUGUCACAAUAAAGGAUGAUUUAUUCCUGAAGUUAUUUAUAGUCAAUGCUCUUUAAUCAAAUGAAUGUAUGUGUAUGUAUGUUUCAACUUCAUUUAAAGAUAAAAAUUAGAACAAAGAAAAUUAAGAAGAUGCAUAAAAGUUAAUUAAGGCCUUUUUAAAACUAUGUACACAUUCAUUCUUCUUUGGAAAUUGAUGUUGUAUUCCAUAAUCUUGCUACCCUCACACUGUGUAGGCCCCCCUUCCCCACCCCCUUUGGUUUCAAGCUUGAAGCGAGGGCAGACUAAGUUGAAGGAGCUAUUUCGACUAAUCCAAUUAUUAGUACAUACGAAUUUAAUACCAGAGGAUCAUUCAUCAUGUUUCCUGGGCUAUGUCCAUAAUACGUUUACUGAGCACAGGAAAAAAUAACGCAUUCCCAUUUUUAGAUAGUUUUGGAUAUUUAAAGAAUACCCACAAAAAUCCCAAAUUUGGAAGAGUGAGAUAAGUCCCAAUCUGGGAACUUGGUUGGGAAUUCCCUGGUUCGCCCGCGUGUCGGCGUCAAGGAUAACGCGUGCACUUUACUUUUGGAGACGAAAAACCCUCAGCAAAUUCAAAUUACCUUUGGGAGCACGCGGACCAUACAGUGGUGGCAUACAGCAUUGUUUGAAAUAAUACAGAAGAGAAGUGAUGACGUCACAAAAAAAGAAAAAAAAAUAAUAAUAAGAUGUGAAAUGACAGGACAUGUUUGAAUAUUCAGAGAGACAAGAUAAAAAUUUUCCACUUGCUCAAAAUGAGCAUGUCAGGGUGGUGAGAUAUAAAUACCGUUAUGCUUUGAUGACUUUAUAUAAAUCCGUCUGAAACUCACGAUUCUCACAUUGCCCAUAAUACACCUCAUUUACCCCCAAAAUUUUGCAUACAGUAACCAUUAUUUCCUACUUCUGCUUAGUAUUACAAUCAUUCCAGUCAUGCCAGCCAUCCCAAUGCGGGUUAUGCAACAUUUUGAGGGGUACAUGAAUAGGAUUUCAUCCACAGACUCACAAGUUAGAACAAUACUUAAUGGUUCCUGCCCUCCAUAUUGGCUCCAGUCUCCAGUCACUUAAAAGGUUCCUAUAACACUAUUCACUGGAUAAAUAUCUGUCCAGUGGAUGAUGCAAAUGAUUUUACUAUCCAGCAUUUCAGCAACCCAGGCCUGGGGUGAAAGGUAGGGUCAAGAUAGUGGGAGAUGACCGUAUCUUACUGGAGACACAAUUAUUGUUCAAGGGAUAACUGUCUCCUUUAAGUGAGUAUGUUGAUUGAUAUACCUCGUGAUUUUUUUCUAAGGAACGCAUUAAUGAAAUGGAGAGAUUGGCUGAUGCCAGCAAGUCUUUUAAUAUGACAAUUUGGUUUGGGCAUCAUCCAUUUUCGGUCACAACAACACCCUAUGUUAGGAGGAUUUUAAGGUAAAGUUAUUCAGAUUGACUUGUACAUGUAUAUGUUACAGGUCAAAUUCAAUUUCAGGUUAACUAAUUUUUUUAACCUAGGUUGAUUCUCAAUGUCCUUUGUCUCCUAGCCCUCUUAGUCCAUCCACAACGUAAUUUCUGAAAGAUUAGUUCCUUGAACAACUUGAAAUAUUCGCGAAAAGGUUUACAAGGAUGCAAAGUCAUAUUUCACCGGUGUCGCUGUGGUCAUCUAAUAUCGUAAUUACCUUACGUUUGCUCAAUUAAAUAAUAAUUCUCUAAAGGUCAUUUGAAUUACCUUUACGACACACCUGUACUGAUAUAAUUCUUUUCAGAUCAGGGGCCGUUUAUCUGUGUGGCCAUCUUCAUACGCUGGCAGAAAUUGUUCCCAAAAUGCACGCUGUACACGUUGACGGGCACUUGGAACUAGAGCUUGGAGACUGGCUGGAUACAAGAAAGUAAGAGUAACGUUCACAUAUAUUUGCACCGAUAUAUAUAUGUCUUGAAUAAAUCAAUAAACAUUUUUAUUAAUUGCAUAACAAGUCAUCUCACGCCUUGCGGACACUUUAUUAUUACGAAGAACGCCAGUCUCGUCCCCAGUCGUCCUCGGCGAUUUCGAAGGAAACCUCAGGAGGUGACGUUACAUGUCAAGCUUGUCGAGGAAAUUCGAGCUCGGUCAGUUCCAAGCCUCCUCUACUUACUCGGGUAGCAAGAUCUGGCCCGAGAACGAAGCUAGAAGAACCCGUCAGGACAUACAUAACAUCGCAAAUCAAGGUUGCGUUCGAUUGGGAAAUCCGGUUUUCGGAUUUUGAAAUCGAACGCGAAAUUCGCGUAAUCCGAAAACGGAUUUCACCUACGAGAAAUCCGUUCUCUGGAUGGAUUUCAAUUAGGAAAUCCAAAUCCGGAUUUCAUAGAUUUCCUUUUUACCGUUCGAUUGGGAAAUCCGAAAAAGGAUUCGCAAAACUGUUUUCGUGAACAACGGUCUUCUUUUUGCUAAUUGUGCGUGUGCGUGCAAGACCGCUGUUCUCUUAAGGACAGUUUUUCAAAUUAAUUUUUUCGGAUUUCCCAAUCGAACGGUAAAAACGCAAACCCCAGUUAAUUAAAGUACAAGUGACAAACGGGCAGAUGGGUGAUGGAGGACCAUAAGGCAGGCAGCCUUCUUUUAAUUGUUAAUAUAUAAACCAUAGUAUUUUGGUGGACUUUGUCCUUCCUUUUCUUUUUAUUUAUUUCUUUUUUGUAAACGAUAACAGUUACCUGUAAUGAAUUGUAAAUGUAAUGUAUUGUAAUUGUUUGUGUGUGCGAAAUAAAAAUAAAUAAAUACAUAAAUAAAUAAAAAAAAACGCAAACCCAAAAACGGAUAUUUCAGCGUCGAAAUCCAUUUUCAGAUUUCGCGUACGAUUGCAGAUCCGAAAUGCGGAUAUUAAAAUCUAAAUCCAGAUUUCCCAAUCGAACGCACCCUAAAAAUAACCAUGCCUUCUUUCUAAGAAGUUUUGUUUUGGUUGUUUGUUUGUUGGUCUUUUUGUUUUUUCUCUAUAGCCACAGGCCACUUUCCUCCGCAGAUACUCAUUCACGCGUUAUUGGAUUUCCCCUACGCAAAGUGGGUGCAGGCGAGACGACAGAACAUUUUCGUGCCCGCACUCACUCGCGCCAUGCCUCUCUCACUCUCGCAAAGCCCCUUUAUGCCUCCGCGGAGGAGAGAGCCGUCUUCAUAAGGGUUUUUGAGAGGAGUUGAUACUUAUAUUAAUUUAUCCACGUCCUAAUCUGUUUCAGCUACAGAGUGCUGGCCGUUGAUCAUGACUUGAUCUCAUUUGUGGACGUGCGGUUGAACACGUGGCCUGUUGUGCUCAUCACCAACCCAAAAGACGCACACUAUAUCAUGCGGCCACACGAACCGCUGGGGAGAAUGAGAAAAUCAGCUCACAUCAGGUCAUUAAAAUAUUAGUUCUUACAAGCCACGGCGAUUUCCGAUAAAUUGCUAAAUUUACUUUCCAAAUCGACUUCUUUUUUCUUGCGAAAAAGGGAGAGUUUUGAUUCAGGAUUGAUAAGCAAUAAAAAUCUCUCCUGUGAAUACAGCAUCUUAACGCCUCUCCCCCGUCUCACCUCUCUACGUGGGACGUUUCAAACGAGGAGGGCCGGGUAGAUUACUACACACUCCCAUUCAUUUAUGGUGACGUAAGUGACACAGGGUGGUGAAGAAAAAUGAGGAAUAUUGACUUGAUGAUUUUAAGAAAAGGAAAACGGAUCAUUUAUUGAUAAAACCGAAUAGUACUGGCGUAGUAUUUUUGCUCCUGAAAUCACGUUUUCUCGAUCGAUCUCAAGUCGUGCAAUCCCGACGUCAUAAAAUAUAAAUCAAUUAACAUCUUCGUACUUGAAAAAGUGUUGGCCUUGGUACAUUUUUCAGUACUAUAGCGUGCACUUCAUUUUCGCGGACUGAAUUUUUUACUUGUCACAGGUUUCUGGCUUUCUCUCCGUCUCCUAUCGAAUCUACGUUUGUCGAGAUUGAUGGUUCCCCUCUUGAAUUACCCGCUACUCAGGUUGAAGGCCCACUGUUUGCCUGUCAAUGGGACCCCGAUAAGUACUCCUCUGGAAUUCACUCCAUCACGAUCAAAGUUCAGGUACAGUACCAUCCUUGAUUUUUCCAAUCACGAGAUAAAAACUGCAUGAAUUCUCCUCUGGAAUUAUGCUCCCCCAACCCCCUUACCCGCCCGCGCCCUGUGACUGUUUACAUUACCUUAUUCUGCAGUUAGAUCGUCCAGGACACGAUUUUACUAUGAUUGGCCGACAUCUUGAUUCCAAUUGUACUUAGUGUACUAGCUGCCAUUGGAAGAGAAGUGGAGUAUAAAAUCUACCUAGGGACGGGCUUUGGUUUUCUAUAGUAUUAGCUCAGGCAAUCUUACUGUUACUGGGAAAUGGUGACUGCAACCAGUAUGGCGUGAUUCCUAAUGACUACAAAUUUUUUGGAAAGCCCUAAUCUAGGAGGCGUGAUGAAAGCCUCAAGUUUGACGCUAUGAGUGAUUUGGUAACAAAAACGUUUUUGUCCACAUGCAACCCGCAAAUAUAUAUAGUAUUCUAGACGAGUGUCCGGUGAAAUGGAUAUUCCUAACCAUUGUUUUUUCCAGUUUGACCAACCACGCACACCAUGGCUAAGUUCUAAGGCCUAGCGCGAUUUUUUGGAUAGCCAGAUUUUUCUCAGUCAUGGUCAUGUGUAGAGACUCUGCCUCUGUAAAGUUAUUUUUACAUGAAGUGUUUAUUUAUUUAUUUAUUUAUUUAUUUAUUUUUUGUUCCGCACAGGAUUCUGCUGGUCGUACCACAUCGCGCACUCAGUUAUUUUCAUUGGACGGAUCCCGACCGGCACUGGAUCUCAUCCCAGCCUUUCUUAUGUUGACGGAUUUUACUAUGCUGGUAGGAAUCAUCCACUGAUUCUAGUAUCAUCCAAUAACCUUCUCAUACAAUCUCUGCGGUUAUGACCGUUGAUGCGAUGAAUCGAAACUGGUUCAAAGGCGUGUCUCGCGAUUAAAAACCUCGCAUUUCAAAACGAGAAUUCCUUACGACGGCAGUUUACCUUAGUUCAUACUGCUGGCAAAUUAGAUUAUCUUUCAUGCUCAUGCGAAGUUUUUUCAUGGUUACCAAUGUUAUUUUAUAUUCUGUUGUGGAUGCAACCGAGGCAAAGAGGGCUUAUAAACGUAAAUAUACAAGACAAGUAAUAUUGCCACCAUUUUUGAAUAAGGUAUGGCAGAGAACUGCAACUAGAAAAGUAACGGUUCAGUGAACGAAGAAACUGCGUCAGUGUAUUUUUUCCCGUUGGUUUACAUGUAGUUUUUCCCUUAGGCACAUUUCUUUCUCUGCUCACCUGGGAAACUUCAGAUGAAUCAAAUCUAAACUGGCGCUUGAUAUAAUUCUCUGAUUUAAUCGGCCCCUAUUUCUACGAAAAUCAAACGUAUGAAACAUGUCAAACUGUUUUAAAGUUUCAUGUUGUUGUUGUGGUGGUGGUGUUGGUAUUUCCGUUUGUUUGUGUUUUGUCCCCAGUUUGGCUUACACAGGUAAAGGAAGUUUUCUUCAAACGACCGUUGAUAACAGGGACAAUAUGGUGAACUGUGGUCGUUACCGAAAAAAAACAAACAAACAAACAAACAAAGAAUAUCAUGCCAAAUGCUCUUCGUCUAUUUCUUCCUGCAAUCAGAAGCGUUAAUUUAAAGGUUUUUGAAAUGGGUUUUGAGAACUAAAGCUCAAAAUGAAGUAAAUUCUUCAGUAAGUGGUAACUAAUUGGUCAGGAGUGAAAAUGAAAGAUUUUACAGUGAAACUGUUGCUUUUUUAUUGCAGGGCCGCGUUCUUUUCUCCGUUUUCUUCUUUAUUAUCGUGCUUGGACUGGCUUUCCUGAGACAAUGUGAUUCCUCUACUUGUAAAGGUAUUUUACCCAUUUGUUUGUUUGUUCUUACAUCUUCGCAAACCUCAUUCUCCCGUUUGUAAAGAUAACAGUCGAAGAUCAAGAUUGUCCAGUUCCACUUCAUUUCUAACCAGAAAAAACUAACUUCAAUUCCAAAAUAUCUCAGUAACGCUAUGACAGAUUUUAGCUCAAACUUCACGAACAUCGGAGGCGGCAAUUGGAGGAAAAAGCUCCCGUGAACGAUGUUGGAAAAAAGUUCCCAAUGCCGAGAAAUACGACUGCAAGUAAGAUAGAUAAUGACGCCAUUUCGCUACUGUGACAACUCCGAUGUUACUGUAACCUUGAUCAUCGCAAAUUUUCGUCUUUAUUUAAUACAGCUGUUGAGGUCAUUUUUUUCCAGAUCUCUUUUGAUGGCAACGUAAUUUAUGCUCAAUCACAGGAGGUAUUGACCCUUAAAAAACCUAUCGAGCCACCUUAAAUCCUCCUGUUUAAUUUUGUCUCAUCAGGAUUUCUCUGUGGCGUAUUAGGCAGGUGGUGGAAUCGACUGCUGUUUCUUGCUCAUGCGGAUGAUCUUUUCUAUCCAUUGUUCUUAUUCGGCGUUUACACUGGCAUUGGUAAGAAAACAAAA